AUGCCACCAUACACAAGCAACCAGAAGCAUCUAAUCGCUGAGUUUGUCAGCUGUACACGGACAAAGGAGUCUGUUGCUGUGAAAUUCCUCAAAGCAUGUGGAUGGAGUUUGGCUCCCGCGCUUGACGCUUUCAAUCUCUCACUACAUACUUCAUCGUCCCAAAUGCCUCGAGUCAAGAAGCCGAGAAAGGCGAAGAAGAAUUUCUUCGCCGCCGCGGCUGGCACUGCUGCAGUUGUGACUUCCGAAUUUACAAAGCUCUUCGAAAGCUACCGAGAUGACCCAGUCGAGAGCCCAGAUACCAUCGGUAUCACACGAGCCAUAGAUUACCUCGGCGAUUUGAAUGUCGAGCUCGACGAAGUAACCUGCCUAGCCAUCGCCGAGCUACUCAAGUCACCAUCGAUGGGCGAGUUCACCCGCCAGGGAUGGAGGGACGGAUGGCUGAACGUUCGCUGCGACACCCUGCCUAAAAUGCAAGCGUACGCCAAGUACCUCCGGGAGGUCAUCCCACAAGAGCCAGCGGUCUUCCGACGAGUCUACAGAUACGCAUUCCCGCUCUCACGGAUGCAAGGACAGCGCAACCUGCAAUUCGAAAUCGCCGCCGAGCAGUGGCGUCUUUUCUUCACAACUGACCAUGGUGGUGUCGCCUGGAACACCGAAACGACCCCGUGGCUGGAUUGGUGGAUCGAGUUCCUCGAAGAGCGCGGGAAGAAGCCUGUUAACAAGGAUCUGUGGGAGCAGGUUGAGGUGUUUAUGCGCAAGAGUCUCGAAGAUGAGGAGAUGGGCUGGUGGAGUCCUGAUGGGGCUUGGCCCGGUGCUCUGGAUGACUUUGUUGCCUGGGUUCAGGCUAAGCGGGGAAAGGCCUCAGAGAUGGAGGUUGAAUAA